AUCGAUGCUUAAGAUGUGAUACCGCGUAUCUGCAAUUUUUGACAAAAUGAGUUUUAUUGCUUAUUGCAUGUAAAAAAUACUCUGUCAUAUUGUGGUGAAAGCGCUAAUUUGACCUAUACAGUUUGAAUGAGUAACGUGAUUAGUAGUGACAUCUGGUAUAGGUAAGCUGAAUAUCUUUUAAUGUGACAGCGCGUAUCUGAAUUAGUUGACAUAGUAACGUGCUGUGGUAACAUUGUGUUGAUAAAGAUUAAAAUGAGUACCUCUAGAGGUCGUCAAAUGGUAACAAAUGCAAGAAAUGACGUAAUAGUUCACGUUUUAAACAAUAAUAUCAAGGACACCAUUAAGUGUGCCAUAAAAACAAACAAUGAAGAAGCCACAGUAUUGGAAAAUACCGAUGCGGAUGAGCUGGGACUUACAUUAUUAUCUUUGGAACAAGAGGUUGCCGCAGCCAAUCUGCUUUUAUUGGGGGAGUCUGCAGUAACAAACGAAACGUUUUCGACAGACAUAAACAAUGUUACUGAUGGAUUGCCAAAGGAAUCUGAUUUUGAAAAAGUGAGUAACUGGCUAAGGAAUAUUGACAAUGAACGUUUAGAUUGUGACGCAAUAUUAGAAACGGUUUCCAAUGAAAUUUCGACAAAUGAGCUCUCCAGGGACAAAACACAUCUAGAAGAAUUAAGAAAUGACGUUGCACUAAACCACGAAGGUAUUUUAAAUGAAGUGAUGUCGAGCUCAUCGUCUGUAAUUGCUGAUCAGAUUGAUGAAUCGUGGUUGCCAGAAAACGAAAAUAAGUCAGAUUACUCAACUAGUUCGGAAGAAGGCAAACAACAAGAAGGGGAAGAACCAGUAGCAAGAGCCGAUAAUGACGGUAACAACGAAAAUAAAAAAGCUCGAAAAAGAAUAGCAGAUAUCAACGAAUGGCACGAUAUUAAAAAUAAAAGACUAAGACAACACGGAAAAAAAUAUAUUGGCUGGACAAGGGUUGGAAAGACAGCGAAAAGAGGAACACCUAGAAAUGAAAAACAAAUGGGACCAGUCUGCUUAUCCUCCGUAUGUAAAAAAUCCACAGUAAGGCAGUGUCAAGAUUUAAAUGAAGAGGACCGAAAAGAACUUUUCAACAACUUUUGGAACAAUCUCACAUGGGACCAGAAAAAAAUCUAUAUCGCUUCACUGGUUUGCAAAAAAGAAAAAAACAGAAAUACAAAGAAAGAGACUGAAGAAUCAAGGAGGAAAAAUACAUUAACCUACACACUUAAAACAUUAGAUGGUAAGAUUUUGACUGUUUGCAAAAAGUUAUUUUUGUCAACGUUUGCUCUUACAGAACAUUAUGUAUUUAACUGUUUGACAUCAGAAACAAAGCAUGGAAUGAUAGCAGCAACAGAGUUAAAUAAUGAGAGAAGAAGAGAGAAGAGAAAAAUAGCAGAGAUCCAAAAAGAAACUCAAUGCAAUAAGUCCAGUAACAGCGCCAAAGAUGUAUUGCGUAAUUUUUUAGAUUCUCUUCCGAAACUCCCUGCUCACUAUUGUCGCAAAUCUACAAGUAAAUUAUAUAUUGAGCCUAUUUUUGGAGACAAUAUGAGCAAAGUAUACCAGGAAUAUUCCAGAAUGUGCCGUGAACAAAAUAAGGAAUUGAAACCAGUUUCAAGAUACACUUUUGAUUUAAUGGUAAAAGAAAAACAUAUUUCCUUCCACAUACCAAAAAAAGAUCGUUGUGAUACAUGCUGCAGUUAUGAAACAAAUAAUCUAGAUGAGAAUGUCUAUAAGAAGCACAUUAACAACAAAGAAAAAGCAAGGCAAGAAAAGGAGAACGACAAACAGGCAGGGCAUGUAAAACAAUGCAUUGUCCUAACACAAGAUCUUCAGGCAGUAAAAGUAUGUCCCAUGUUAAAUGCAUCGGCUUUAUACUAUAAAACAAAACUUUGCUGUCACAACUUUACCAUAUUUAAUGUUAAUACUCAUCAUGUAAGAUGCUACUGGUUUACAGAAACAGAAGCUGACCUAUCCGCCAAUACCUUUGCAACUUGUAUCACUGAUUACUUGUUAGACCUCUGUCCUGUAAAUAUUCCUAUUAUUAUUUGGAGCGAUGGUUGCACCUAUCAGAAUAGGAAUGCUACAUUGUCAAAUGCGCUUCUAUCUUUUAGUGUCGAAAACAAUGUUAUUAUCUACCAAAAGUAUCUUGAGCGUGGCCACACACAAAUGGAGGCCGAUUCCGUUCACGCUCAAAUAGAAAAGACAGUAAAAUAUAAGUCUAUUUAUCUUCCAAGUGAUUAUAUCAGACUCACAAAGGAGUCGAGGAAACAAACACCAUACCAGACAAAAGAGGUCACUUAUGACUUUAUCAAAAAUUUUUCCGAAACUUUAGUAUACCCUUCCAUUAGACCAGGUCGAAAAGUGAACGAUCCAACCGUAACUGAUAUUAAAGUCAUCAAGUAUACGCCUGAUGGAAUCAUCCAAGUAAAAUUAGAUUAUUGUGGUGAGUUUAUAGAUCUACCUACAAGAAAACCUAGAAGUGCAAAAACCAAUGUUUCACAACUAGGCCAGUUUAAACCAUUACGUAACGCUCCUAUCAAAAUAACCAACACAAAAUAUAAUCACUUACAGCAACUUAAAAGUGUAAUUCCUAAAGACUGCCAUGGUUUCUACGACACCUUGCCUUACGAGAGUAAACAGAAGAAUUAACAACGUAUUUGUUGUUUUAUUGAUUUUUGUGUUUUCUGCAUUUUUUAAAUAAAUAUUUUAAGUCAAUAAAUUUCUUUCUCCCACACAAAUAACAAAUUGCAAUAUUUACAUUUGGUAGUGAUUACACGUAAUCCUCCUCUAACCAACAAUUAAACAAUAGUGAUUCUACGUAUCUGCAGCUUUUUGUUAAUGAGAUUAUAUUAAAAGAAAUGAUAUACAAAAUAUUAAAAGAAAUGAUAUAUGAUGAUGAAAAAUAUAUAAAAUAGUAUUAAAAUAUUUAAUUCUCACACAACAGAACGUUUUUGCGUCU